AUGCCUCGCUAUUUCGCCCGAUUACGACUCGUCGCAUGCCUCCUCACCGCCGGCGCAACAACCACCCCCCUCGGCCGCCUCAAACUCAUCGACCAAUGGCUCGCGGGCGCCGAGGGCGCGCCGAAGCACUGGCGCGUGCGGGGCCCGUCGGACGUCGACGACGCCCAUGUCGAGACGCUCUCGGCGAACGGUCAGAAGUCUGUCAACUCUUCGCGGCUCGCCGACGGCGGCGCGAAGGUCGUCGUCAAGAGCCAUCACAACACGCACGAGUUCGCGUUCGGCAAGCGCGCGAGCGAUAUCGCCUACUUCGAGCUGCUCUACCUCGAGUACCUCCGAGGCGAGCCGGGGGUCCCGACGCUCCACGGCGGGUGGACGACGGCGCACAGCGUCGUCUGGGUCACGUCGCACGACGGCGCGACGAUCGGCCAGGGCACCGGCUACGUCGACCACGCGCACCACAAGCACUCGCCGCUGCUCCUCUCGCCGGCGUACGCGGGCCGCGCGCGCGACGCGCCCCUGGACCUCGCGCGGGCCUGGCUCCGCUGCUUCCGGUCCUUCGCGGAACGCGGCGGCUUCGUGCUCACGGACUUCAAGCCCGCGCAGUUCGCGCUCGACGGCCUCGGCCGCCUAACCCUCGUCGACGGGCCGGCGCCGAACACGGGCGCCGUCGCGACCUUCGCGCGGCGCCACUUCCUGGCGGGCCACCCGUCGAAGAUCCACGUGCCGGGCUCCGCGGACCCGAAGCCGGACCACCUCGACCUCGAGCCGGGCCUGCCCUGGCCCUGCGGCGGCCACGGCGCGGCGAGCGCGGCCCACUACUGCGCGAAGCGCACCUACGCGUACCACCACUGCCGCGAGGACUGCGAGGAGGGGUCGCGCGGCGCGCCGGAAAUCGGCGCGUGCGCGGGCGACCCGGCCGCGUGCGCGCCCUUCGACUGGCGCGUCCACGUCUACGACCUCGCGGCGCGGUCCUGGCUCUUCCCGCUCAUCGUCGACGUCGCGCGCGACCGCGACGCCGCGGACCGGGUCGACGCGCUGAGAGCGCGCAUGCUCGCGGAGGACCCGGACGACCGGCCGACCUUCGACGACCUCCUGCGGGACCUCGAGGACGACUAA